CCUGAGUUUAUUUUGCUCUGAACGAUCGAAGCCGGCAUAGAAUUCUCCGUCUGCAAACCAAAACUAGUCUGAAUCCUCUGAGGGAUUCGGGAGCAACAAGAAUCAGCAGAAGGAACAUGUCGACGGCCGUGCUGGGAGGCGGACUGAGUGGACUGUCCGCCGGAUACUACCUGUUGCGGCGAUUCGGGAAGCCGCUGACCAUCUACGAGGCCUCGCCCCGUGUGGGCGGAUGGGUGCGGUCGGAGAAUCGAAAGGAUCGCAACUUCAUCUUCGAGAGCGGACCGCGAACCAUACGCCCAGUUGGCGAGCCAGGUGCCAAUACGCUGGAACUGGUGGAGGAGCUGAAGCUGGAGGUGACUCCCCUUCGACGCAGUCAUGUGGCAGCACGCAACCGAAUGCUGUAUGCCAAGGGACAGCUGUGCAUGCUGCCCAACAGUCCUAAGGGUCUCUUCGGCGUCCUACCUCCCUUCACGAAGCCGCUAUACAAAGCGGUGCUCCGCGAUCUGUUCACGGCAAGCAAGAAGGCCAAGCUGGAGGAUGAGAGCAUCUACAGUUUCGCUGAGCGGCGGUUUGGUAAGGAGAUAGCCGACUACGCCAUCAGUCCCAUGAUCUGUGGUAUUUGCGCCGGUGACGCGCGAGAAAUAAGCGUGCGCUUCCUGAUGGAGGGACUCUUUGAAAAAGAGCAGAAGUACGGAGGAGUGCUUAAGGGCACACUCAUUUCUCGCUUUGAGAAGAACAAGACCAAGGACACCAAGGAUGGACUGUUUGCCGAGGGACAGCCAAAGCUGUAUGCGCAGGCGUUGAAGGAGAAGUGGGCCAUGUACGGGCUGCAAGGCGGUCUGGAGAACCUACCUAAAACUAUGCGAAAGUAUCUAGGCGAGCGGGAUGUGAACGUGCAGCUAAGCAACGAAUGCCGGAACCUGACCUUCAGCAGCUCUGGGGUUCGAAUGAACAUCAAGGAUGCCGAAGUUCCGGUGGAGCAUGUGGUCAGCUCCCUGCCCGCCUACAAGCUGGCGCCCCUGGUAAAGCAGCAGCAUCCCUCGCUGAGCGCCCAACUUUUGAGCAUCCCGUACGUGGAUGUGCUGGUAGUGAACAUGCAGUUCCCCGGCAAGCUACUCAAGCAGGACGGAUUUGGAUUGCUAGUACCGCCAGUAGAAAAGUUGCCUCUGCUGGGCGUCAUCUUCGACAGCUGCUGCUUCGACAUGGGCGAGAACACUGUGCUUACCGUGAUGAUGGGUGGUCAUUGGUUCGACCAGUGGUUCGGCGAUCGUCCCAGCCCCAAACAGAUUCUAGACUUGGCCACCAGCCAUGUGCAGAAAAUGCUGCAGAUCCGCGAGGAACCCAAAUUCAGUCGAGUGCACACACUGCACAAGUGCAUCCCGCAGUACACUGUGGGCCACAAGCGGCGCGUUGAGGCCAUUCGGAACUACAUCAAGACUUACAAACUUCCACUGUCUGUCUGCGGAGCAGCUUACGAUGGCGUGGGCAUCAACGAUGUUAUCCUGUCCGCCCGGCGACAAGUGGAGGCCAUACCCUUGUCCUAAAUCAACCAUUCCCUUCUAGCACCCUUCUUUUCCAUUGAUGAUUCUGUUGUAUUUGUGUAAGCUGGUUUUGUGAAUAGUAAAGUAGGUCCUUUGUACAUAGAA